UUACAUCAACUCUACCAGUUCUUGUUACAAAAGUGUAAUGUUCUUAGAAUCAACAAUCGCAUGACGCUGUUCAUGUCAAACGUAUAGCAUUAUCAAGAAAUUACUUCAGUUAACAAUACUCAAGGACUUACAUACAUUUUGAAUUUUUGAUACAUUCGAAGGUGUGGUUUUGUAUGUUGUGUAAGUUAAAAAACAGCAACAUUGCAUUUAACAUAUCUGCCGCUAAAAACUGCCAAAGCAUCCAGUUCCAAAAGUUUGUAAAUCGUUUGAUAAUGUAUGUUAUAUAGUAGUGCUACGUUUAGCUGGUCUAAUUUGCCUUCUCGUUCAGCCAUAACAGAAUUUGACGAACAAAAAGAGAUGAUAUCAACAUCCGGGUACUUUCAUGUUAAAUGGACUGACGAAUAUCUAAUGUGGAAUAAAGACCAAUACAACGGAACAACUGAACUAUAUCUGCCGCAAGACGAUAUAUGGAAACCAGAUCUUGUACUUGCCAAUUCGUACAAAUCGUUUACCGGAAUGGGCUAUCCAAACCUCAACAUGGCGUUGAACAGUUCCGGAUAUGUCCAAUGGGUCCCGAAUCAAGUGUUGGAAUCCACGUGUUCCGUCAACAUUCGGUAUUUUCCGUUCGACGAGCAGACGUGUGUCCUCAAGAUCAACGCCUGGAGCUAUAGCUCAGAUGAUGUACAGUUGUCGAUCGCAAACGAGGGAAUUGACUUGACAGGCUACUCGACUAACAGCCAAUGGGACCUGUUAUCGACACAUGCUAGAGUAUUGGACAUACCGGACGAGUCGGCCGUCGAAUUCGAACUUCAUCUCAAGCGUCGCGCGAGCUUCUAUGUCCUUAAUAUCAUCGCCCCUGUCUUACUUUUGUCAUUACUUGGUCCGUUUGCAUUCGUGCUUCCGGCAGACUCCGGCGAACGAUCGGGCUACGCCGUCACCAUGUUCCUGUCGCUAGCCGUCUUUCUGACUAUCAUCGCCUCCGAACUUCCGAAGAAUUCCGAACAGGUGUCCUACAUUUCGGUGUACCUAAUAAGCAUGACCGCGUGCAACACCGUUAUUCUGGCCAUCAGUCUCGCGCAGGUGAGAUUGGUAAAACGCGAUGCAGCGAGGGAACCAGUGGGGCCUUACCUUCGCUGCCUCUACCGCCUGUACGCCAGGCUUCGAUGCGCAUUUUCCGACGAACCGACACGACGUCUCAACGUUGUUCAUGUUUCUGACGCAAAGACAAAAGAGAGGACUCGACGAGAGACAAAUAACACAUACCUGCCAUGGCCGGAAGUCAUGAACGCUUUGGACUUCCUAAUGUUCUGGUUGUUCAUCAUAAUUACUGUGAUUUGCACGGUGGUUUUGUACCUGGUUGCUUUCUUCAAAGUUUAAACGACUUUACGAUAACAAGAACUUUGGUUUGAACAAUUGCUAGUUCGAUACAAAUUAUGUGGCCGGAUAAAUAGCCCGCUUAACCAGAAGUAGUGUUUUUAAAUGUUUAAUGGUUGUAGCGAAUCAUAUAAUCUGAUAUAAGGUACCAUUUGUGGUAUAACUUAAGCAAUUGAGAUGUUAUAAUUAUAAUAGACUUAAUAUGUGACCUCAUGUGGAAAAUAUGUUCUAUUACAAUCGCAUUAUUUUUCCAAGAACAACAAGUGUUAUACAAGAUUGCUCAGUAUUUUUUAGCCGUGGAAGGAUCCAUGUUGUAAGAAGCCUCCUGUUCUACAUCCUACGCUUAUUUUUCUUAUCAAGCGAUGUACAUAUGAAAUAUGUUUGCAUACGGUGCAUGUUAUUACACACUGUGCCUGUGAAUUGGUUUUAAGAAUGAUGUCCCUUAGUAAUAAAUCGUUUAAAUGUGAAAAUGAUUAAAAACGG